AUGGUGAUUGUUUGGUUUGCGAAUUAUAUCAAAGUUUCGGGAUUUCUUCGAUAUACUGAUCGGAUUGUGUCUAAAAAUUGUGAUUUAUUUUUACAAAUGUUUAAUAAAUCUACAAUUUAUUGGUACGAAGCCAACCUGUUGCUAUUUAAUUAUUCGGAUCGUAUAACGAAAAAAUUAGAAAUGGCAAUAGGUGUAUCGGUAAAAACAUUGGCGAGUCGAUUAAAACCAAUCCACGUGGAUAAGGACGUUACGAAAAUACUUUUAAUACAUGGACAUAGGUACAUGUAUGUCGCGUUGGGCCCCGUUCUCGUUUCGAGACAUGCGCGGUUGCCGCCGGACGAAUGGAGUCGUAAAUUUAUAUAUGCAAUACAAGAUUUUGAAAAAAAAUUCGUCAUGUUGAAUAACCGAUUAAACGUAGAUAAUCGAUAUUUAGUGUGGAUCGUCGACGACGAGAGCAACGACCACGACUACAAAUCGAAAAAUCAAAAUCAUUAUGAUUUUUUAUCGAAUGAUCAUGAUUAUAUGUACGAAAAAACGAAGUGGUUGGAGAACGAUCAGACAGACAAUUUCGAGAAAAACGAAAAAUUAUAA